GCCGCGCCGGUGCGCCCGGAGAGCCGGGAGAGCUGCCGUGGCGAGGCAGCGAGCGGCUCUCGGGCGGCGGCAGCAGCUGCGCGAACAGUUCAAACCCCAGACAUGUUUACCACCCCUUCCUGUGCUGGUAACGGCAAAGCGUGCGUGUAGCAAUAAUUGGAAUCGCCCAGCGGAAUGAAUAAGCCAGGGGCGAUGGAGUUUCCCCCUGCCUUGCUUAGGGCUGGAGGUACCGCGGACAAGUGCCCGCUCGCAGAGUGGUAACUUUGUUUUUUCACCUACUACACACCCCCGUGCACUCAGCCAAUGACUACUCCUGUAACUGGUUCUCGCUUAGUAAAUCUCAACAGAAUUGCACCAAAAUUGCCUAUUGUUUAACAAAACAGGGCGGGAUUGCUUCUAUGUUAUUACUGUUUUGCUGUUUGCUUAAAAUCAAAGCGGCGAUUUCCCCUGCUUGCAAAGAACUCUAAACAGAUCCUGUUGAAAGAGGUUUUUUGUCCUGCACACUUUCGAGCUGGGUUGAUACCUCAUCCUGGGACCACAAACCCAGGGAGCCCAGAAAAAUACACACAGUAUUUAUUUGUUGUUUUUUUUCUUUUGUGUGUUUUAAAUAUUUAUGCAUUUCCUCUGUGACUAACACCUGAUUAUGUAGGACCAAGAAAAGAAUUUUGGCUUUUCUUGGGUUUAUUUUAGUCAGUGGUGUUAUAUGCCAAAGUGACAGACCUGCAAAGGUAUUUGUAUAGAGCCAGGUAUUUCCAUACCAUGUUAAACACCCAGCACCAACGGUGGAAGUUGCAUACCUGUCAGCUGCUUCUGCUUCGUAUAUGGUCAAGGAUAAUUUGGAAUUUAGGAAAGGACUUCCCAGUAGCUCCAUGCCAGGCGAUGGAGAGAGCUGUCUGGACUGAAUAUUAAAUUUCCCUCCUGCCCGCUGCAUUUCCUGCUAUUAUCAUCACUAGCCUGUGGGAGAGUGGGGUUGAAUAAUUUAAGUUACGCAUUUUGCAUUCUCCUUCUGCUGUUCAGGUAUCUCCAUUUUUUGGAGAUCUGGUGUCCUUGAUGUUUCCUUCCCUGGUCCUGGAUAUGCAUGCAUCCACAGCCCAGUCUGCUCGCCUUUGGGAUGCUUGCUGUGCUUGCCAGACCCUCUACUAAGCUUGCUUAGCUCACCGAUGCAGCAGAAGACUAAUCAACUUGGUGAUGGUUACUGGAUUAACUCUAUGGAUUCCUCUAGAGUUGUUUUCAGACUUUCAGGUGUAGUGCAGAGCUGAAGGCGGCCCAUUGUAAGGGUUAAUCAUCGGUCACAUAUUUAAUAAUCAUUUGCUUAGAAAAUUUCCUGCAUUGUUCAUGGAGUUUUUCAUCAGUAUGUCUGAAACCAUUAAAUAUAAUGACGACGAUCACAAAACUGUGUUCCUGAAAACAUUAAAUGAACAGCGUUUAGAAGGAGAGUUUUGUGACAUAGCUAUUGUGGUUGAAGAUGUUAAAUUCAGAGCACACAGGUGUGUGCUUGCUGCCUGCAGUACUUACUUCAAAAAGCUUUUCAAAAAACUGGAAGUUGAUAGUUCAUCAGUAAUAGAAAUAGAUUUUCUUCGUUCUGAUAUUUUUGAGGAAGUUCUCAAUUACAUGUAUACUGCAAAGAUUUCUGUUAAGAAAGAGGAUGUAAAUUUGAUGAUGUCUUCAGGCCAGAUUCUUGGUAUUCGAUUUCUGGAUAAACUCUGCUCUCAAAAGCGUGAUGUGUCUAGUCCUGAAGAAAACACACAGUCCAAGAGCAAGUACUGUCUAAAAAUAAACCGUCCCAUGGGGGAACCUAAUGAUACCCAAGAUGAUGAGGUGGAAGAAAUUGGAGAUCAUGAUGAUAGUCCAUCAGAUGUGACAGUGGAAGGAACUCCCCCAAGUCAGGAAGAUGGAAAAUCGCCUACCACCACCCUGAGAGUGCAAGAGGCAAUUCUAAAAGAGUUGGGAAGUGAAGAGGUUCGAAAAGUGAACUGCUAUGGCCAAGAAGUAGAGCCUAUGGAAACAACUGAAUCAAAAGACUUAGGAUCUCAGACCCCUCAGCCUUUGACAUUUAAUGAUGGCAUAAGUGAAGUGAAAGAUGAACAGACGCCAGGCUGGACCACAGCAGCUGGGGAUAUGAAGUUUGAGUAUUUGCUUUAUGGUCACAGGGAACAUAUUGUAUGUCAGGCUUGUGGUAAGACGUUUACUGAUGAAGCACGAUUGAGAAAACAUGAAAAACUACACACUGCUGAUAGACCAUUUGUUUGUGAAAUGUGUACAAAGGGCUUUACCACGCAAGCUCAUUUGAAAGAGCACCUGAAAAUACACACAGGUUACAAGCCUUACAGUUGCGAGGGAUCAUCACCGGCUGAUGCUUUGUUUCAUCCAGUAUGGAAUACUUCAUAUGAUGCAGACAUCGAAAUCAGUCUCAUCUUUUUGGCUGCUGAAAACCUGUGCAUUGCUGUUCUUUUGGAGUAUUCGUGGAAAGGUGAUUACUUCCAAAUGAUUCUUCCAGAAACACUCAGAUGCCUACCUGCAAAAUGUAAAUGUUAACUGUACAUUCUUGUUAACAAAGCAUUGAAAAAUUGAACAUCUUCAGGUAAAAAUGGCUUCUUCCUUAAAACUUGUUUGCUAAGCUUUUUAAUCUAUGUGACCAAACAAUUGUGUUCAGCUCCUUUAGAAUAGAGGGCUUCUUUCAGAUGUAAACCCACAGAAUUACAAAUUGCAAUGGGUUAUUUAAAGUGACAUCCGUCAACUUGAUUUUUGUAACUGUCUGAAAAUGCUAAAGGUAACUGUUAAAAAUGUUAAAGUUCUUAAGAAAGUACCCUCUAAGUAAGUCAAGACUUAAAAAAAUAUUUAAAGAUGUAUAUACUCAAGGGCUUGUAAGUCUUCUGAUGUUAUACAAAAAUUAGUAAUUCCUCACUCAGACAGUAAGAGCUUGGAUGAUACACAGGGCAGGGACUGUAUACUUACAGAUGUUUUUUAAGUGCUUUUAUUUUUUCCAUUUCAUACAAGUUGAUGGCACAUCUUUAAGUUAACAAAGCCAUGUAUUGUAUUUUAGUGAUAUAACUUCAUUUUUACCAACAUGCUUUGUUCUCAAGGGCUUGUGUUUGUAUAACUGGGCAUAACUGGUGGUGUUUUCCACUCAUCUGAAGUUGAAUGAGUAUAAUUAUUAGUGCACUGUUUGUUUUAGUUCUUGACUAGAUUAACUGCACUUUUUUUUGAGGUGAAAAUUCACUCCAGAGCUCUGUCCUGUGCAAUUAUUUCAGUGAUUUUUGUGCAUUUGCAUUUGAGACCAAAUCUGAAAUUAAAAAAUCAAUUAAAUGAAAAAAAAAAAAAGAAGCCCAAGAUGCUUUUUGGUAACUUUUUUUUCCUUUGUCAGAAAACAUAAAUUGCUGGUAGCUUUUAAUUGGAGCAAGAAAACUAAAGUCUGUAAAAUAAGAUAUGCCUGUUUUGGGGUAAUUUAUUAGAUUAAAUACAGAUAGCAGUUAAAGAAAGAUGUGUAUAGAAUAUUAUAGUUAAUGACCUGUAUUCUUUCACCAAAAUGGUGUCAGUUCUGUUACUAUGUCAAAGAUACCCAUCUAGAAUUUUACAGGUUACUUACAGACCUUCAAAUCACUGAUUCACAGUUACUGUUCUGAAAAUCUUUUAACAAGCUUCUCCACCGUCUUGAAACCAGCCCCUUUAGAAAUACACAUCUAGUUUCUUUUGAGGAUGUAUGUAAUAGAAAUAUACCUAAUAGAUUUUUUUGACAAAAGUUGGAUUAAUUUUCUUUUUCAUGAACACAUGAAUAAAGUAGGUAGGAGCCACAUAACAUAUGCAUCAUAAAAAAUACCAGUGCAAGUUUCCUAAAGUCUUUCCAAAAUACGUAUCAGUCCUGAUUUUCUAAAGAUCAUAGGGCAUCCUUGAUCUACCUCUUUAAGAGUGCUGAAAAUUGCUGAGUGUAAUCUGUUCUGUAUUUUGUGGGGGGAUACUUGUACUAAAAAUUAAUCCAAUUGAAAUCCUGCAUGUCCUGCUAGUUCUCAGACAUAAGCUGGACUAGAAUGAUGAUAAAUUAAAAAAAAGGAUAGAUUAAAGAUGUUUGUAGUAACGUUCUUAGAGGGAACACCAUUUCUGAGCAAUCAGAGGUAUAAUGCUUACGUUAUUUAAUUCACUUACCAUCUGAAAUAUGAGACAGAAGACAGACAAUAAAGUCAAUAAAGAAGUUAAUAUCGCUAACGUGUGAUAAAAGGAAUAUCCAGAAAUCUGAUAGUUGAGAUGAUACAUGAUGAUGAAUCUGAAAGGCAUUCCAAAGGAGGAAUUACCUUAAAUAGUGUUCAAAAAACAAAACAAACAAACAAAAACCAAAACAGCAACAAAACAAAACAAAAAAUUAAUGUGACUUUGAUGGUGAUGUCAUUCUUGAGUCCUUACUCAAGUCCAUAGGCAGAAUUAUUUAGGCAGGUCAGCACUUUUCUGUGUCCGCACUUUAAGAAGAAGGCCUUUUUUGAGACAUAAAAUAUUACAGAUUUAAUUGGAGAAUUCUGUGUGUAUAAAAUGUUUGACUAUGAAAUGAAUGAAAGAAGCUUGUAGGAACGUGUAACUGAAGAAAAUGAGAUUGGAAAAUGUAUUGCAUAUUGCAAAAAAUUACAUGCAGACAUUGUGCUAUUUUUUUUUCCAGUCUCCUUUCUCUGAUUGGCACUGAUUAAUAUUUUUCAAAAUACCUCUUGCAGGUGUAGGCUUAAAUAGGACAAUUAAUUUUUCUAAACUGUGUUGCUUUUGGCUGUUGUGCUUCUCACUUCUGUUAUAGAAGUUCAGAGCCCACAGGAACUCAGCAUGGGGU